AAACACAACGCAUUUGUAAUCCUCGCUGCAGUUAACUAACCCAUUACCCCAUACAACAUGGCUAGACUGCUCGCGUUCACGUUCCUCCAAUUAUUUCUUCUUCUGCUACUGCCGCCGAGCUCUACAUUCUUAACUCAAGCCCGGCCAUUCAAUAUUUUGAAGUCGGGUAGUUUUGCUAGUCCAUUCUCUGAGGGAUUCACAGACGGACUGUCUCGAAUUGGGGCGGUCAAGAAUUCAGGAUCUAGCCCCGGUGAAGGCCACAAAUUUGGAAAUGCUCACGUUCUUGGAGGGAUUAAGAACUCUGAUCCUAGUCCUGGUGUUGGUCACAAGUUCACCAACUCUCACACUCUUGGCAGCAUUAAGAACUCAGGUCCCAGCCCUGGGAUAGGUCACAAGUUCACCCUUGGAAAUAUGAAGGAUUCUGGCCCAAGCCCUGGUGCAGGUCACAGUUACACCAACUCUCAAACCCUUGGAGGCAUCAAGGAUUCCGGUCCAAGCCCUGGCGUAGGUCACAGUUUCGCCAACUCUCAAACCCUUGGAAGCAUCAAGGAUUCUGGUCCAAGCCCUGGUGCAGGUCACAGUUACACCAAUUCUCAAACCCUUGGAGGCAUCAAGGAUUCUGGUCCAAGCCCCGGUGCAGGUCAUAGUUACACCAACUCUAAAACCCUUGGAGGCAUCAAGGAUUCCAGUCCAAGCGCUGGUGGAGGUCGCAGUUUCGCCAACUCUCUAACCCUUGGAGGCAUCAAGGAAUCUGGUCCAAGCCCUGGUGCAGGUCACAGCUACACCAAUUCUCAAACCCUUGGAGGCAUCAAGGAUUCUGGUCCAAGCCCCGGUGCAGGUCACAGUUACACCAACUCUCAAACCCUUGGAGGCAUCAAGGAUUCCGGUCCAAGCCCUGGUGGAGGUCACAGUUUCACCAACUCUCAAACCCUUGGUGGCAUCAAGAACUCCGGUCCAAGUCCUGGUGCAGGUCAUAGUUACACCAACUCUCAAACCCUUGGAGGCAUCAAGAACUCCGGUCCAAGCCCUGGCGGAGAUCAUAGUUUCACCAACUCUCAAACCUUCGGUGGCAUCAAAAACUCCGGUCCAAGCCCUGGGGCCGGUCACAGUUUCACCAACUAUCAAACUCUAGGAGGCAUCAAAAACUCUGGUCCAUGCCCUGGUGCAGAUCAUGGUUUCAGCAAUGCUUAAACACUUGAGGUAUUAAGGAUUCUAGUCCAAGACCUGACGGAAUCGAGAAAGUAAGGACACUCGUCCCAAUCCGCCAAGUAAACAAAUCUUGAAGGAAGUAAGGAGUAAGGACUCUCGUCCGCCCAAUCCGGCUCAACAAAAUUUACGAUUAUUAAUUUAUUCAUUUGAACAUUGUAGGAUAAAAACACUUUUAGGUAAGUCCUUGAUUUGCUAUCAAGUACUAUAUUCAUUCUUUGUAAUACCA